AUGUUAGAAAUAGAUAUUGCAAGACAAUUGGUAAGGAAAAAAAAAUUUGAUGAAGCUGAAUCUAAGUAUAUUUCCAUAUUGGACCGUGACAUUAAGGCAACUGAUUUAACUGAAAAGGGUAAGAAUGAAUUGGAAUCCUGUAUACUUGAACUUGGUGAGAUCUAUAUCACUACUGAAAAUAUCACUAAAUUACGUGAAUUUAUUCUUCAAUCAACAGACUAUUCCAUGAGACUGGCAAAAUCUAAAACUGCUAAGAUUUUAAAAACUCUGAUUGAUAAGUUUGAACAAGUUCCAAAUUCAUUAGAUGACCAAAUAUAUGUCUGUAAAAAGAGUAUCGAAUUUGCUAAAAGAGAGAAAAGAAUGUUUUUGAAGAAUUCUUUAACUAUUAAAUUAGCUAAUUUGCAUUAUCAAAAGAAACAAUAUAAAGAUGCCUUGAACUUGAUUAUUUCCUUGCUGACCGAGUUUAAAAAGUUAGAUGAUAAACCAUCCUUAGUUGAUGUCCAUCUUUUAGAAUGCAAAAUUUAUCAUAAACUGAGAAAUUUGGCAAAAUCUAAGGCUGCUUUGACUGCAUCAAGAACAGCCGCAAAUUCUAUCUAUUGUCCAACAGUAACUAUGGCUGAAUUAGAUUUAAUGAGUGGGGUUCUACAUUGUGAAGAUAAGGAUUAUAAAACUGCCUUUUCAUAUUUCUAUGAAAGUUUUGAAAGUUACCAUAAUUUAACAACACACAAUUCAUACGAAAGAGCAUGCACCGUAUUAAAAUAUAUGCUAUUAUCUAAGAUUAUGUUAAAUCUUAUCGAUGAUGUGAAACAGAUAUUGAAUGCUAAAUAUACAAAGAAAACAUAUCAAUCGCGUCAAAUUGACGCUAUGAAAGCUAUAGCUGAAGCUUAUAAUAAUAGAUCUCUAUUAGAAUUUAACAAUGCAUUGAAAGUGUACCAUAAUGAUUUAAUGACAGAUGAUUUAAUUAGAUCUCAUUUCAAUGCCUUAUACGAUACUUUAUUAGAAUCUAAUCUUUGUAAAAUUAUUGAGCCAUUUGAAUGUGUUGAAAUCUCACAUAUUGCAAAGAUGAUUGGAUUAGAUGUAGAACAAGUCGAAGGGAAACUUUCACAAAUGAUAUUAGAUAAAGUAUUCUAUGGUGUCUUGGAUCAAGGAAAUGGAUGGUUAUACAUUUACAAUACCCCAAGACAAGAUGCUACUUACGAUAGCGCUUUGGAAUUGGUUGGACAAUUAAAUAAAGUUGUAGAUCAAUUGUUUGAAAAGGCUAGUGUUCUUUAUUAG